GAGCCGGCCCGCUGGCGGCCCCACGCCGCCGGAAGCGGAAACAGCGCCAGAGGGCCCCGGAGGACUCGCAACUGCCGCCGCGAUGCCGAAAGGUCCCAAGCAGCAGCCACUCGAGCCCAAGUGGUUCGGGUCAGGCGAGGACACGAGCCCCGAGGAAAAAGUGGUGAAGAAAGGCAAAAAGGACAAGAAGACCAAAAAGACGUUCUUUGAGGAGCUGGCAGUGGAGGAUAAGCAGGCCGGGGACGAAGAGAAGACACGGAAGGAGAAGGAGCAGCAGCAGCAGCAGCAGCAGCAGCAGCAGCAGCAGCAGCAGCAGCAGCAGAAGAAGAAGCGGGACACCCGCAAAGGCCGGCGGAGGAAGGAUGUGGACGACGAUGGGGAGGAGGAGGAGAAGGAGCUCAUGGAGCGUCUUAAGAAGCUCUCUGUGCCGGCCAUUGAUGAGGACGAGGUGCCGGCCCCAGCUCCCCGAGGAGGGAAGAAAGCCAAGGGUGGGAAUGCCUUUGAAGCCCUGAUUCAGGGUGACAGUGACGAGGAGGAGGAAAAGCAAGCUCCCAAGCCUGCCAAGCCGGAGAAGAAUCGUAUCAACAAGGCUGUGUCUGAGGAACAGCAGCCCGGGCUCAAGAGCAGACGGGGUAAGGAGGAGAAGUCCAAAGGAAAGGCCAAGCCUCAGAAUAAGUUCGCGGCUCUAGACAGUGAAGGGGAAGAUGAUGAAGAAGCAGCUGAAGAAAAGGAGCCUCCCAAGCCAGGGAAGGACAGAGAGACAGCCAAGGACACAGAGCAGGGUGAAAAGGAAGAGAGAGAAGAGGAAGAGGGGGCGUCCAAGGCAAACGACCCCUAUGCCCACCUUAGCAAAAAGGAAAAGAAAAAGCUAAAGAAACAGAUGGACUAUGAACGCCAGGUGGAAUCAUUAAAAGCAGCUAAUGCUGCGGAAAAUGACUUCUCCGUGUCCCAAGCAGAGGUGUCUUCCCGCCAGGCGAUGUUAGAAAACGCAUCUGACAUCAAGUUGGAAAAGUUCAGCAUCUCAGCCCAUGGCAAGGAGCUGUUUGUCAACGCUGACCUGUACAUCGUUGCAGGCCGCCGCUACGGGCUGGUGGGACCCAAUGGCAAAGGCAAGACCACACUCCUGAAGCACAUUGCCAACCGUGCCCUGAGCAUCCCCCCUAACAUUGACGUGCUGCUGUGUGAGCAGGAGGUGGUGGCUGAUGAGACACCAGCAGUGCAAGCUGUUCUCCGUGCGGACACCAAACGACUCCGGUUGCUAGAGCAGGAGCGACAGCUUCAGGGACAGCUGGAGCAGGGGGACGACACGGCUGCCGAGAAACUGGAAAAGGUGUAUGAGGAACUGAGGGCCACUGGGGCAGCAGCUGCAGAGGCCAAGGCGAGGCGCAUCCUGGCUGGCUUGGGCUUUGAUCCUGAGAUGCAGAAUCGUCCCACACAGAAAUUCUCUGGCGGUUGGCGCAUGCGUGUCUCCCUGGCCAGGGCGCUGUUCAUGGAGCCCACCCUGCUGAUGCUGGAUGAGCCCACUAACCACCUGGACCUCAACGCCGUCAUCUGGCUCAACAACUACCUUCAGGGCUGGAAGAAGACGCUGCUGAUCGUCUCCCACGACCAGGGCUUUCUGGACGAUGUCUGCACUGAUAUCAUCCACCUCGACACCCAGAGGCUCCAUUACUACAGGGGCAAUUAUAUGACCUUCAAGAAGAUGUACCAGCAGAAGCAGAAGGAUCUGAUGAAGCAGUACGAGAAACAGGAGAAGAAGCUGAAGGAGCUGAAGGCUGGGGGCAAGUCCACCAAGCAGGCCGAGAAGCAAACCAAGGAAGUCCUGACUCGCAAACAGCAGAAGUGCCGGCGGAAAAACCAGGACGAAGAGUCUCAGGAGCCCCCUGAGCUCCUGAAGCGUCCCAAGGAGUACACCGUGCGCUUCACCUUCCCAGACCCGCCACCCCUCAGCCCGCCGGUGCUAGGGCUGCACAGUGUGACAUUUGGCUACGAGGGGCAGAAGCCGCUCUUUAAGAACCUGGAUUUUGGGAUCGACAUGGAUUCACGGAUUUGUAUCGUGGGCCCCAACGGCGUGGGGAAGAGCACCCUUCUCCUGCUGCUGACUGGGAAGCUGACACCGACCAACGGGGAAAUGAGAAAGAACCAUCGACUGAAAAUUGGCUUCUUUAACCAGCAGUAUGCAGAGCAGCUGCACAUGGAGGAGACCCCCACCGAGUACUUGCAGAGGAGCUUCAACUUGCCCUACCAGGAUGCCCGGAAGUGCCUGGGCCGCUUUGGCCUCGAGAGCCACGCCCACACCAUCCAGAUCUGCAAACUCUCUGGUGGGCAGAAAGCCCGAGUCGUGUUUGCUGAGCUGGCCUGCCGGGAGCCUGAUGUCCUCAUCUUGGAUGAACCAACCAAUAACUUGGACAUAGAGUCUAUUGAUGCCCUGGGGGAGGCCAUCAACGAGUACAAGGGAGCUGUAAUCGUCGUUAGCCACGAUGCCCGACUCAUCACAGAAACCAAUUGCCAGUUGUGGGUGGUGGAGGAGCAGAGUGUCAGUCAGAUCGACGGUGACUUCGAUGACUACAAGCGAGAGGUGUUGGAGGCCCUGGGUGAAGUCAUGGUCAACCGGCCUCGGGAUUGAGCUCGCCUCCUGGAAGCCUGCUGAGACCCUGUGGCUAGGGUCUCUGCCAUCCCCCUUUGUCCACCCAGACGCCUGCUGUGUCUGCUGCCAACUGAGCCACACGGGCCAUGAAGGUGAAGUGUUGCCUUGACAUGUGUGACAGGAUCCGUGUGGCUGUGUCCUUCCCUCCAAAGGACAGAGUCCCCUUCAGAUGACUGAGCUGGCUUAUGUCAGCAUCUCUGUUCAGACAGAGGUGACCUUUGCUGUGGUCAGUUUCCCCUCAAGCCAAGUUAAGGUAGCCUCUUGUCUCAAGACCCUGGCCGCUCAGCACUGACUCUGGUCCCUCCUUUUGGAAGGGUCCUGACUCACUGUCACAAACCGGACCCACGGCACAGCUGGAAGCGAGUGUCUGAGACCUGUUGUCACCACCCCAAGGUGGUGCGUCACUUGUCUGGUGGGGACUUAGGGAGGGCAGGAAAGGAAGCUGCUGAACUGAAGUCUCCUUUCAGAAGGGAGGAAAUAAAGGAGUGGGUGCUAACUCUG